GAACGCGAAACGAAACGAAUCGAAUCGAGUGAAGGAAUAAAGAAGUUUCGGAUUACCCAUUGGAUUACCAUUUUAAAGAACUGACCUGACUGGCAGCAGAUUCCAAGAAGAUGCGUAGGCCCACUACGCUUUGCAGGCUGCUGCUCCUGUGGCUCUGUGCCGUGUCCGCCAAUGGCCACAUACGCAUCGAGGCCCCGGAAGUGCAUGUGGCGCCCAGCUAUAAGCCGGCAUUCGUUCGCUCUGCCGUAGAGAGCAUGCCCCUGGAGGAUGAUGGCGGCGCACUGAGUCGUUUCAGCGUCAGACCCUCAUUUGGCGACAGCUUUCUGCCGCUGCGCAGCGCCGUGGAGAGUGUGCCCACAGUUAACGAGAAGAAUGUGGCACAGCUAAGGGAAUCCUCGCCGUUGCGUUCCUUUGUCAGGGACUCCGUUGAGGCGCCCCCAAGUGACGAGGAAGACGACUUUGAGGAAGCAAUCAAUUUUCAGAGCUAUGUGCGGGAUAUCGAUGUGGGAGAGGAGCUACAGCCAGAAAAGCUCACGCAAUUGGUGGAACCGGAUCCCUGGACGGUGUCGGAUAAAUACGCGGCCUUCAUAGCUCCAGGCACCACAGAUGACUAUCAUCCACAGCCCUAUAGGGCGGGUUCGGCACAUCAGGAGCUCCUCAAGACGGUGGACAUUGAAGAGCACCUCCUGAAGACCGUGAACAUUGAGCAAUUGGAGCAUAUUGAUGAGCUCGAUCCGUAUAGGGAGCCCCAGUCCUAUGGCGCACUAGCACAGGCCAAUCUGGAGGAGCAGGAACCCGCCUAUGGGGCACUGGCGCAACUCAAGGCAGCCGACAAGAAGAAAAACUACAAUUCAGCACCCAAGGUGCUGUGCUACAUGUCCAAUUGGGCCUUCUACCGCAAGGCUGAUGGGCACUUUGCACCCGAACAGAUCGAUCCGCGGCUGUGCUCUGCGCUCAUCUACUCCUUUGCCUCGCUGGAUCCGGACCAUUUGACCAUAAGGGAGUUUGAUCCUUGGGUGGACAUUGAGAAUCAGUAUUACAAGCGGAUCACCUCUCUGGGCGUACCCGUGCUGAUUGCCAUGGGCGGUUGGACGGACUCCAGUGGCGAUAAGUACUCCCGUUUGGUCAGCGAUGACAUCAAGCGGAAGGUCUUUGCCUCCAGUGUGACGGGUUUCCUGCAGCGACAUGGCUUCAGUGGCCUGCAUCUCGAUUGGAAUUAUCCCAAGUGCUGGCAGAGCGACUGCUCCAAGGGACCAGCGAGCGAUAAACCGAAUCUCACCAAGCUCCUGAGGGAACUGCGAACGGAGUUCCAGCGCGUCAACCCCAAACUUCAGCUGGGUGUGGCCAUAUCUGGCUAUAAGGAGAUCAUCACAGAGGCCUACGAGCUGUCUGCCCUGUCGGACAUUGUGGACUACAUGACGGUGAUGACGUACGACUAUCAUGGCGCCUGGGAGGGACAGACCGGUCAUGUGAGUCCGCUCUAUGGCCAGAGCACGGAUAAAUAUCCGCAGUACAACACGGACUACACCAUGCAGCUGCUCGUCAAGAUGGGCGCCCGUCGGGAGAAGCUCAUACUGGGCAUUCCCUUCUACGGCCAGAGCUUUACCCUGGGAAGAACUCAACAAAAGCUGGUGGGCGAAGGCGUGACGGCCACAGGACCCGGCGAGGCAGGAGAGCUAACCAAACAGCCGGGCAUGCUGGCCUACUACGAGAUUUGUCAGCGCAUUCGCAAGUCCAAGUGGCUGACGGGCAGGGAUGCGAACAGGAGAUCCGGUCCCUAUGCCAUGAUGAAGGAUCAGUGGGUGGGCUACGAGGAUCCGGCCAGUGUGGAGGCCAAGGCCCGAUAUGCGGCCAACAAUGACUUUGCGGGUGUGGCCGCCUGGACGGUGGACUUGGAUGAUUUCCAGAAUCGUUGCUGCAGUGAAUCGUACCCUCUGCUGAAGGCCAUCAAUCGGGCAUUGGGUCGUCUGAAUACAGAGCCCCCAACGCGCGCCAACUGCGAACGUCCGCCGGCAGCGGUGACACCUCUGCCGCCUCAAAUGACGACCAUAAGCAGCGAUGGAUCGGCCGGAUCCGGGCAGAAUCAUCAGCAUACGACAGCCUGGCCCAGCUGGGAGGCAAGCAGCACCACACAGAAGCCCAGGCCAAGCACAAGUUCGACCAGACCGCCCACUACCACGACCAAGAGACCCAAAAGUACCACCACAGCAAGCACUACCACCUCCUGGUGGAGUUCUACAACUACAAGACGUCCCAGUAAGCCCACACGAACCACCGCCAGACCCGCACACACCACAAUACCCGCUGCUGCUGUCAUCUAUCCCGUGGUACAGCCUUCGAACUGCGCCGCAGGAGAGUUCUAUGCGGAUGCGAAGAACUGCAAUGCCUACUACCACUGCAUCAUUGCGGGGGAACUGCGGCAGCAGUUCUGUCCCGGUGGCCUGCAUUGGAACAACGACGCGAAGGGCUGUGACUGGCCAGCCUCUGCGCAAUGUUCGGUGAAGCGGGAGACGAGCACGGCAAGGCCGCCACCUCCGCAGCCUACCACAGCGAGACCUCAGGCCACUUCUACGUCGAAGAAACCCAGAAAGACCACAACCAGUGCCAAGCCCACGCGGAAAACCACAAAGUCUCCGCAGCAGCAGGCGGCAGUGGAAGGCAGCACCACGCGGAGACCACCCGCCGUGGCUGGAAGCACCACCAAGCGACCACAUCGCACCACAAGACGCCCCAGACCUCCUAUGUCGGCGCGCUGCAACGAGGGGGAGUACUACACGCACAAGAACUGCGGCAAGUACUACAUCUGCAUCAAUGGUGCGUUGGUGCCCAGCGAAUGCGGCGGAGAUCUCCACUGGGACGGCCUACGAAAGAUCUGCGAUUGGCCGCAGAAUGUGCAGUGUGUGACGAGCAAAAAGUAUCUGAGAAUCACACAAUCGACGCGUAGCAGCGAAGAGGAUCCCUGCAAUGGCGAGGAGCGAGUGCCCUAUCCGGGAGACUGCUCCAAGUAUCUGUUUUGCCUGUGGAAUCGCCUGCAGGCAGCCGACUGUGCACCGGGUUUGCACUACAAUGAAGCUCUAGGUAACUGCGAUUGGCCAGCAGCUGCCAAAUGCAAUCAGAAUGGCGGCAGUGGUCCAUCCAGCGGAGGGUCUGGCACCAAACCGAAGCCGCCGGCAGCAGCCAAGCCUGCGCCCACCACAAAGAAACCCACAACCACGGCACGACCCACUUAUCCCACGGAGAAGCCUCUGCUGGAGCCACUGGAUGGCUACUACAAGGUCGUUUGCUAUUUCACGAACUGGGCGUGGUACCGCAAGGGCCUGGGCCGCUAUACGCCCGACGAUAUCAACACGGAUCUGUGCACCCAUGUGGUCUAUGGAUUUGCAGUGCUGGACUACUCCGAGCUGACGCUGCGCACCCACGACUCCUGGGCGGACAUUGACAACAACUUCUAUACGCGUGUCAGCGGCCUCAAGAGCAAGGGCAUCAAGGUGAGCCUCGCUCUGGGCGGCUGGAACGACUCGCAGGGCGAUAAAUACAGUCGCCUGGUGCGGAGUCCCUCGGCACGUGCCAGAUUCACACGGCAUGCGCUCGACUUCAUUGAAAAGUAUGGCUUUGAGGGCUUGGAUCUCGACUGGGAGUAUCCCGUGUGCUGGCAGACCGAAUGCAGCAAAGGAUUCGCCGAAGAAAAGGAAGGAUUCACCGCCUGGGUGCGUGAGCUGUCGGAGGCAUUCAAACCACGCGGGCUGCUACUCUCCACAGCCGUGUCGCCCAGCAAAAAGAUCAUCGAUGCGGGCUACGAUGUGCCCGAGCUGUCGCGCUACUUCGAUUGGAUUGCCGUGAUGACCUACGACUUCCAUGGACAGUGGGACAAGAAGACAGGCCAUGUGGCGCCACUGUAUCAUCAUCCAGAUGAUGAUUUCGAUUACUUCAAUGCGAACUAUUCCCUCAACUACUGGAUUGAAAAGGGAGCUCCUUCCCGAAAGAUAGUGAUGGGCAUGCCUCUAUACGGCCAAUCCUUUACCCUGGAGAAUGCCAACAAUAACGGGCUGAAUGCCAAGGCACCAGGACCCGGCCAGGCAGGCGAAUUCACCAAAGCUGCAGGCUUUUUGGCCUACUACGAGAUUUGCGAUCGUGUGAAGCAUCAAGGCUGGGAGGUUAUCCAGGAUGAACGUGGCCGCAUGGGUCCCUAUGCGCGCAAGGGCACCCAAUGGGUGUCCUAUGACGAUCCGGAGAUGAUUCGUAAGAAGUCCCAGCUGGUUAGAGCCCUGGACUUGGGCGGCGGCAUGGUGUGGGCACUCGAUUUGGAUGACUUCCGUAAUCGUUGCGGCGAGGGAGUGCAUCCGUUGCUAAGGGAAAUCCAUGAUGUCCUCAAGGAUCCACCCAGUGGCUAUGAGCCAGCGCCGGGAUUGAACCCUGUGGAACCAGAAUCUGUGGAAGAACAGGCCAUUUCGGAGGAGGCAGGCACUGCAUCUGUGGAGAAUGAAACAGGAGGAGGCUCACAGGAAGCAGCAGCAGCAGCAGCAGGAGGGGAAACAUCUCAAGAAACAGCAGCAGAAGGAGGAGCCUCUCAGGAAGCAGCAGCAGCAGGAGGAGAAACCUCUCAGGAAGCAGCAGCAGCAGCUGAGGGAGAAGCAACCUCAGGAGAAGAUGAAAACGAAGGCGAAGCCGUGGAAGUGGAGGCAGCAGAGCCAGAGCACUCAUCCUCCCAAGAGUCCAGCAACGAGGCAGGCGGCUCCUCAGAGUCCUCACAGGAAAACGAAGUCGAUCCCAACGAAGACAUCGAAGAGGGUGACUUUGAAAUGGAAACGGAAACGGCAGCCCCAGGAGACUUCAAGGUCGUCUGCUACUUCACCAAUUGGGCCUGGUACCGUCAGGGCGGUGGCAAGUUCCUACCCGAGGACAUCGAUGCGGAUCUGUGCACCCACAUUGUCUAUGGAUUUGCGGUCCUGAAUCGCGAUAAGCUGACAAUACAGCCGCACGAUUCGUGGGCGGAUCUGGACAACAAGUUCUACGAGCGUGUGGUGGCCUACCGGAAGAAGGGCGUCAAGGUCACCGUGGCCAUUGGCGGCUGGAACGAUUCCGCGGGCGACAAGUAUGCGCGUCUGGUGCGGAGUGCCCAGGCACGAGCGAGAUUCAUUCGCCAUGUGAUGGACUUUAUCGAGCAAUACGGCUUUGAUGGCCUGGAUCUGGACUGGGAGUAUCCGGUGUGCUGGCAGGUGGACUGCAAGAAGGGCACUGCGGAUGAGAAGCAAGGAUUCAGUGAUUUGGUGAGGGAAUUAUCGCUGGCAUUCAGGCCCAAGGGUCUGCUGCUGUCUGCUGCCGUGUCGCCCAACAAGAAGGUCAUCGAUGCGGGCUACGAUGUGCCCGAGCUGUCGCGCUACUUCGAUUGGAUCGCUGUGAUGGCCUACGACUACCAUGGACAGUGGGACAAGCAAACGGGACAUGUGGCGCCCAUGUACGAGCAUCCCGAUGGCACCGCCACCUUCAAUGCCAACUUCUCCAUCAACUAUUGGCUGGAGAGUGGCGCCGAUCGGCGGAAACUCAUCAUGGGCAUGCCCAUGUACGGCCAGUCCUUCUCUCUGGCCCAGUCGAACGAUCAUCAGUUGAAUGCGCCCACCUAUGGCGGUGGCGAGGCGGGAGAGGCCACCAGAGCACGUGGAUUCCUUGCCUACUACGAGAUCUGCACGUACAUCCGACAGCGUGGCUGGAAUGUGGUCAGAGAUGCCAGAGGCAGAAUGGGUCCCUUUGCCUAUCUCAGGGAUCAAUGGGUGUCCUUUGACGAUGCGCCAAUGAUCCGCCACAAGAGCGAGUAUGUGAAGGCCAUGGGCCUGGGCGGUGCCAUGAUUUGGGCACUCGAUUUGGAUGAUUUCAAAAACGAUUGCGGCUGUGAAUCGUAUCCCUUGCUGAAGACCAUUAAUCGUGUGCUGCGUGGCUACGGGGGACCGCAUCCCAAGUGUUUGCUGGAGAAGAGUGAGAAAACUAUGAUUUCUGGCGAUAAAGUGUCCCCCAAGCCCACCAUCAACACGAGUGCCGCUCCUCUGAUAGAAACCACUGGAGCAGCCGCUGCUGGGCAGCCAAUCGACUGCAAAGGCAGGAAUUACUUGGCCCAUGAGCGAGACUGCAAUAAGUAUUACAUUUGCCAAUACGGAGAGCUUGUAGAGCAGCGCUGCCCAGCGGGUCUCCAUUGGAAUGAAAACUACUGCGACUGGCCCAACAAUGCCAAGUGCUCAGUGCGCGCGGAUCAAACCACUCAGGCACCGGCCGUACAUCGACCAAAACCCACUAGCAGCAGCUCCACCACAGUCGCUCCUGCUGCAGCUCCGAAACCCACCAAGAAACCAUUUACGCCACCCAAUAAGAAGCCCAUUUCGAGGCCCAAGCCGACACCUUCACCGCCCCUGGGCAGUGGGGAGGACUACAAGGUCGUCUGCUACUUCACCAAUUGGGCGUGGUAUCGGCCCGGCCAGGGCAAGUACGUGCCCGAGGAUAUCGACGCCAAUCUGUGCACCCACAUUGUCUAUGGCUUUGCGGUGCUGAACAGCAAUUCGCUGACCAUCAAGACGCACGAUUCGUGGGCGGACAUCGACAAUAGGUUCUACGAGCGCGUGGUGGAGUACAAGCAGAGGGGUAUCCGUGUAACCGUGGCCAUUGGUGGAUGGAAUGAUUCACUGGGCAGCAAAUAUGCCCGUCUGGUGCUCGAUCCACAGGCGCGGGCCCGCUUCAUCGAGAGUGUCCUGCAGUUUGUGGAGAAGUACGGCUUUGAGGGACUGGACCUCGAUUGGGAGUAUCCCGUGUGCUGGCAGGUGGACUGCGCCAAGGGAUCGCCCGCUGAGAAGCAGGGAUUUGCGGCAUUGGUGAGGGAACUCUCGGAUGCCUUCCGGCCCAAAGGAUUGCUUCUGUCUGCCGCUGUGUCGCCCAGUAAGAUGGUCAUCGAUGCGGGCUACGAUGUGCCCCAGCUGUCGCGUUACUUCGAUUGGAUCGCCGUGAUGACGUACGACUUCCAUGGGCACUGGGACAAGCAGACAGGCCAUGUGGCGCCACUGUACUAUGUGGAGGGCGAUGCCAAUCCCUACUUUAAUGGAAACUUUAGCAUUCACUACUGGCUGGAUCAGGGCACACCCGCGAGCAAGCUGAUCAUGGGCAUGCCCCUCUAUGGCCAAUCCUUUUCGCUCACCGACCAGAAGCAUCGCUCGCUGAACGACAAGACCGCGGGACCCGGACAAGCGGGCACCUACACCCGUGCUGGCGGAUUCCUGGCCUACUACGAGAUCUGCGAGAAGGUCAGCAACGGCGGCUGGACUGUGGUCAGGGAUGAGGAGGGUCGCAUCGGACCGUAUGCCUACAGUGGCAAUCAGUGGGUCUCCUACGACGAUGUGGCGGACAUUCGACGCAAGGCGCAGUUCGUGCGGAGUCUGAAACUUGGCGGCGGCAUGGUCUGGGCCCUGGAUCUGGACGACUUCCACGGUCGUUGCGGCUGUGGCAAGCAUCCGCUGCUGCGCACCCUCAACCAGGAGCUGCGCGGCAUACCCGGACAGCGGGCCAACGAUUGCACAUAACAAUAAUUUCCGGAAUAUAAAUAAGUGAUCAUAUCUCGUACGCCACGCCACGCGCCACACCCCAAACACCCAUUGCUGCUGACUGGGCUCGCAAUCUAUUGUCAAGAUUUUUGCCAUUUAGUUGUAUAAGCACGAAUCCAAACCAAUCCCCCCUCCCCCCUAUAAACUGAUAUUUUAUUCUACAAAAGUCGUAUUAUUU